AUGGAUGGUCCACUAGAUGCUAAUUCUUUGAAAAAUUCGCUAUUGGCGAUGGGUUAUCAAGAAAAUCUGGCGACAAUUGCAGUAUGAAAGACUAGCGAGAUGGAAAAAGCAGUUGAUUUAUGUGAAUUCAUCCAAAAUACUUGAGGCCAAAUUUCCCCCAAAGAAUAUUAUUUUAACUACCUUUCUUCAAUGGGAUACCCUUGCGAAGCUGUUAUCAUGGCUAUUGAAAAAUCAUCACUUAAUGAAGCCAUAGACUUUCUCGACAAUCCUCCUGAAGAGUCUAAAGCCAUUCCUGAUAAUCCUGCUCAAAAUCAAAGACAGCCAGGAAGAAAUUUAUUUAGUCAAAUGAGAGGUUUGCUUCAAAACGAAGCCAAAAAAGUAGGUGACUUCUUAAAUCACCUUUCAAAUGAAGUCGAAAGGGUCAGAAAUGAUUUAUCAGCUGGAGGAAAAGUUGAAAAAUAUGCUGAACAAUUUUUGCGGGAUGGGAUGACUUUUGAGGACGCUUUUAGAGAGCUGCAAAGAAAUUUUGCUCGAAGAAGACGUCAAAGGCUACCUGGUAAUGAAGAACUAAAAGAAGAUGGUCAGUAUAUAUCUGGUGAGCCAAUAAUUAUAGAUGGGGUUGUCGUUAGCCCAACUUCUUAUCUAGAAAUUUUAAUUAUUUUGGAUAAUAUUAUCCCUCAAAGAGGGAUUUCGGAAAGAGACAAGAAAAAAUUGAGAAAAAUUGGGUAUCAGCUUAGGAUGAAACCUGAGUCUUGUACAGUUUGCAUGGAAGACUUUGAAGUAAAUGAGCAAGUCUAUAUGCUGCCGUGCAAUCAUGUUUUUCAUCAAGACUGCAUAUUGGAGUGGCUUAAAAGGAGCACCAAGUGCCCUCUCUGCAACUUAAAUAUAUAA